GAGAGAGAGAGAGAGAGAGACACUGAAGGAGCCGGAGCUGGAGGGAAAACCGCAGGAUCGGAUACUUAUUGCGCAUCUUUACUUCAACUCACUGUGGACAUGAAAUCCGUAUUUUAACCGUGCGUGAACUUCAGCCGAGAAGAUGACGGUGGAUUUUGAAGACUGUAUCAAAGACUCCCCCCGUUUUAGGGCAAAUAUUGAUGAGGUGGAGACAGAGGUGGUGGAGAUUGAGGCAAAACUAGAUAAGCUGGUGAAGCUAUGUAGUGGGAUGAUUGAAGCAGGAAAGGCGUACGUCGGCGCCAACAAGCUCUUCGUCAGCGGCGUCCGGGAUCUGACUCAGCAGUGCAAGAAGGACGAGAUGAUCUCGGAGUGCCUGGAAAAGUGUGGAGAAAGCCUCCAGGAAAUUAUCAACUACCACAUGAUACUGUUUGAUCAGGCUCAACGGUCUGUGAAGCAGCAGUUGCACAACUUUGUGAAGGAGGAUGUCCGGAAGUUCAAGGAGACCAAGAAGCACUUCGACCGGGUGCGCGAGGACAUGGAGAUAGCGCAGGUGAAGAACGCCCAGGCGCCGAGGAACAAGCCUCACGAGGUGGAGGACGCCGCCAGCGCGCUCAGCAUCACCCGCAAGUGCUUCCGACACCUGGCUCUGGACUACGUGCUGCAGAUUAACGUCUUACAGGCAAAGAAGAAGUUCGAGAUCCUCGAUGCUAUGCUGUCCUUCAUGCACGCCCAGUGCUCCCUGUUCCAGCAGGGCUACACCUUGCUCCACGAGCUGGACCCCUACAUGAAGAAGCUGGCUGCUGAGCUGGAUCAGCUGGUGAUUGAUUCGGCCAUGGAGAAGAGGGAAAUGGAGCAUAAACAUGCAACCAUUCAGCAGAGGACGCUAAUGCAGGACUUUGCCUACGACGAUUUAAAGGUGGAGUUCAACGUGGACGCUCCUAAUGGCGUAGUCAUGGAGGGGUACCUGUUCAAAAGGGCCAGCAACGCCUUCAAGACAUGGAACAGACGGUGGUUCUCCAUACAGAACAGUCAGCUGGUAUAUCAGAAGAAGCUCAAGGACUCUCUGACGGUGGUGGUGGAAGACCUUCGACUGUGCUCAGUGAAGCCGUUUGAGGACAUCGAGAGGAGGUUCUGCUUUGAGGUUGUCUCUCCCUCCAAGAGCUGUAUGCUUCAGGCUGAAUCUGAGAAGCUAAGACAAGCCUGGAUUCAAGCAGUACAAGCUAGCAUCGCCUCGGCCUACAGAGAAAGCCCAGACAACUACUAUACAGAGCAUCUGGACAGAACGGCUUCUCCGUCCACCAGCAGCAUCGACUCGGCCAGCGAGCUGCGGGAGCGGAGCACCAGAGGCGAAAGCAUCCUGCAGCGGAUCCAGUGUCUGCCGGGCAACGAGCAGUGCUGCGACUGCGGCCAGGCUGACCCCCGCUGGGCCUCCAUCAACCUGGGCAUCCUGCUGUGCAUCGAGUGCUCGGGCAUCCACAGGAGUCUUGGGGUUCACUGUUCAAAAGUUCGCUCACUCACACUGGACUCAUGGGAACCAGAAUUAUUAAAGUUGAUGUGUGAGCUUGGGAACAGCGUCAUCAACCACAUCUAUGAAGGCUCAUACAAAGACCAAGGUCUAAAGAAACCACUGCCGUCAAGUUCAAGGCAGGAAAAAGAGGCUUGGAUUAGGGCAAAGUACGUCGAGAAGAAGUUCCUGAAGAAACUGGGCUCCACAGAGAUACUCAUCAACGGAGAGAGGAAGUCGGAGCGACGGUGGAGUGGGAAGAAGUGUCGGAGACACAACAGCGCCACCACCGUGCCCAAAACACGGCGGAGAUACCGCCAAGAGCCCAGAAGUACCUCUCCAUCCACCCUGUCGGCAGCUGCUGCAAAGUUCCGACGAGACUCCCUUUUCUGUCCUGAUGAGCUGGACACCCUCUUCUCGUAUUUUGACACAGGAUCGGGGCCUCGAAGUCCUGCAGGUCUGAGCAGUGACAGCGGUUUGGGAGGCAGCACAGACGGCAGCACAGACAUCCUGGUGUUCGGCUCAGUGGUGGACAGCGUCACAGAGGAGGCUUGUGAGAUCUCUGAAGACUCGAGCGGCGAGGCGGAGCUGGAGGCCGAGCCGGAGACCUCGGACCCCGAGGACGUGAGGGACCUUCAUCCGGGCGAACUGCUGUAUAAAGCCUCAAAGGCCCGAAACCUUCCGGCCAUGGCUGAGGCGCUAGCUCAUGGCGCUGAUAUCAACCGGGUCACCGAGGAAGACGAAGGAAAGACCCCCCUCAUUCAGGCUGUGACUGGGGGUUCAUUGAUUGCCUGUGAGUUCCUGCUGCAGAAUGCUGCUGACGUCAACCAGAGGGACGCCAGAGGGAGGGGCCCCUUGCAUCAUGCCACGUAUCUGGGCCACACAGGGCAGGUUUGUUUAUUCCUGAAACGGGGAGCCACACAGAACGACGAGGAUGAGGACGGCCAGGAUCCUCUGAGUAUAGCUGUUCAGCAGGCCAAUGCAGACAUAGUAACACUGCUGCGUUUGGCCAGGAUGAACGAGGAGAUGCGGGAGUCGGAGGGACCUUUUGGACAGCCAGACCUGAAGUAAUGUCUGUCAGCAGAACACAGCAGAGAUGAGAGGUCAUUGCCAGGCAAAGGUUAGACAGAUUUGAGGUUUGAAGAUUUAAUCAAGAAGUCAGAUGUCACAAAGCGUCAUUAGCAUCAACUCUGGACCAACUGUUCUUUUAUUUAUUGUUACUGGGGGGUGUAGAGUGAACCAAAGACCUAAUCCCUCUAUCAUCACUGCGUUUAAUUUAAUCCUGUUUUUACUGUAUUGCAAAAUGUUUUCAGAAGUAAAAACAGCGGGAUAUUUUUUCUAAAUUCUUUGUCUGUACAGACAAAGUAAUAAUGCUGUUGUAGAUGUUAACAGCAAAUACCAGCAUUCAUUAUAGCAGGAACAUCCAAUAAUAGAGCUGAAAACCCAACAAACUAAAUGUUCAGGUUCAAAAAGUUGGCCAGUCAUGGGUGAAUUUCACCAGUCAUGUUAUUUCACCAUGUUUACAGUACAUCCCAGGUGGAAUAAACAGGGCUCUGGCUCCUACUGUACAGGCCUUUGUAAAGACAAAUCUCAAUGAGCUGAAAGAAACCUGACAAAGACAAAAGGAAAUGAGAAUGCAGAAUGGGACCGGCUGCGUCCUGUUUCCUGCUCAUGACGAGGUUACUGAGAGGCUCCCAUAGCUGUGACUGAGAGUAAAUGACAGAGGGAUUUCUCUGCAUUGAUCAAGCAAAUAUUUUAUGUUUGAUUAAAAGCGUAAUAUGCACUUUUUCUUACUAACAGUAAUGAGAAUCUACUUUUACCUCUGUUAAUUAUUUUUCCUCUCAGAAUUCUUUUGAAUGCUUUGGUAAUUUUAUUUAAUUCCCAGAGCAAUAGUGCAAUGACUACUUCAGCACAGAUAAUCUGUAUUUUUUGUAUUACGUUUGGCAACAAUGCAGAAGGUAUUUUUUUAAGCAUGAUAUACUGUAUUUUGAUGGAUUUUCUUUCACUGGAGCCCCACACUCAUACAAUGUCAGUAUACCAUGAUCUCAUUUUCAGCAAUAGAGCCAACAGUCAGUUUGAUAAUAUGGAUAAUUACCAUACGAACUGCAGUGUUUUUGAUAAAUCACACUAAUGUAUUAAAGGUAUGUACAGUGUUUGUAAUGUAGGCUUGUUCAUGGUACUUUGAUGUGGACUAGGCCUACAGUACAGUAGAUUUAUUCCCAGUGUGUAGUGCAUGGGCAGCUGUUGCUCAGGUCUUCCUCAGCCCAGUUGCUUUUCUUUACGUCUGUAUCCAGUUUGUAUGAAUUUUUGCCAUGUUGUCUUAUUGAAUAAGGUUAAUAUUCAUAUUAUCCACAUGCUGCCAUACAGUGCAUGGACGGACAUUCAUGUCAGAUACAGCAGAAAUAGAUCCCACUGGCUUUCAUUUCAAUACAGGCAGAAGGUGAACUUGCAGAAACUCUUGAUGCCAGUGAACAGUAGCAGGAUGACUGUGUUCACUGUUAUGUUCUUCAGUGACAUCAUGUCUGACCACCUCCUCUUCUUUGACUGUUUAGUUUUCUAGCUGAUACUAAUCAAGAAACAUUAUAAGUCAGAAAAGUAUUUUUCCAAAGAUGUUAUUUCACGUUCACACAUGUUGAGGACUGCUGGGGUUUAAACUAAACCAAAGACUUUGUCAGAGAGCCAACACGACUGUUUUUUUUUCUCAUGCUGUAAUGGUCAAUUUACACAGACGGACUCCCUUAUACGUUUAAGAGACUGUACACAAAAGACAUUGUUAGGGACCUUUGAGGUUUGACUUCAUAAAAUGGCUGUUCUCAGGGAUCCUGCAUGUAUAUUACAGUACCUCAAUUACCACUAAUACUGUAGGUGAAACAGUAUGUUCAAGCAACAUUGAAAUUUAAGCUUGCAAUAUGUACAGUAUACUGUACUGUGUCAUAACUGUCUCUGUUGUAGAAUAGUCCUCUAUCUACCACCCUCCAAGCUAAAUUAUUUUUAAAAUAUUUCCUUCACACCCUAAUUUUAUAAGUUGUAGUUAAUGGUAAAAAUGCCUAAUAAUUUGUGUACAGUCCCUUACUUGUGUUCAUCGCGCCCUCCACCUCUCCUGCCAGUGAUAGACUCAAAGCACUUUGAAAUCUCACAAUUGCUAUUACUGUAAUUCAGCCUUUUCUUAUUUAGUGCAGUACUUUACAGAUCUGACUACAUGAAUGAAGUAAACACUGACCAAACAAUCAUUUACAUCAGGCCAUCACUGGACUGUGUUGUACAGUACAAAGUGUCUGCAGUGUGUGAGUCAGUAUAAUAUGUCAACAAUUUGACGUUUGUGUAUUUAAACAAUCAACACUUUAACUGCUUGCUUCUAACAUGACAUUUUUAACUUUGUUUAUUUUCUGUCUCUGACUGUUAAAUUGUUAUGUAUAAUUCUUUUGAAUAUUGUAAAGAAUGUUUUUCUCUGAGUAUACUGUACUUAUUAACACUUCCCUGUUGCCUGUCUUUUGUUUUUGACUCUUAUUGUUCUAUAACUUCUUUGUGUCUUCUAAAAUGCUACUGAAAAUAAACUGAAGAUGUGACUAAACACUAA